AUGAGUUAUCAGUUGAAUCCUGGUCCUCUCAAUAACGAGGUUUUGUUUUUACACAAGAAACACCGUGCGUUAGAGGUUUAUAAUAACCCCGAAAAAUUCCGAUCAUCCAUAAACAUCAAGCGUUCUGAUCGUUCGUUUUGGAAGUUGGUGAGGCAAAAGCCUAUAGGACCACGUGUGGAAGGUUAUAUACGUGAAGCAGGGUUUGGUGGGUUGCUUGAUAGUGGGUACCGUUAUAUAGACCAGGCUUUAAUAACGGCGUUGGUUGAGCGGUGGAGGCCUGAAACCCACACGUUUCAUCUUCCAGUGGGGGAAACAACUGUCACAUUACAGGACGUUAACGUCUUGUGGGGCCUGCCAAUUGAGGGGGUGCCGGUAUGUGGGGCGGAUAACGCCCUAAAAUUUUCUGAGGCUGUGGAGAAGUGUGAACGCCUGCUUGGGUUCACUCCAACGAAUAAUCAACUCAGCGGUAAACGAAUUAGUUUUGUCCGUAUUAUCGCUGAGUUAGAUUCUACUUUUUCUGAAGUUGAGGCUACGGAUGAUCAGUGCAUUAUACGUGCACGUUUAAUAAUAUUUUAUCUAACAGGUUGUACAGUUUUUCCAGAUAAUUCGAACAACUGGAUUAAUCUUCAUUUUUCACAAUACUUAGAGGAUUUAAGUUCGUGUGCUAAUAUUAGCUGGGGCAGUGCUGUUUUAAGCUGUCUCUACAGAAACCUGUGUAACGCUACAGCACCCGAUGCCGUAAACGUUAGCGGACCAAUGUCAAUUCUGCAAGUCUGGGCCUGGGAGAGGAUCCGUUGUGUUGCACCGGAGCCCUACCACCGGUUUAAUUACGACGCGCCUUUAGCUGCUCGCUGGAAGGGAAACCUUAAUCAUGUUGACGCCCCCACACACUGUCUUAAAUCUUAUCGAUCUCAACUUCAGUCGGUUCGCGAGGAGAUGUUUAAUUGGACACCGUACGAUGAUGUUAUCGGUAGACUCCCGGAAAUUUGCACUAGUGGGAGUUCUAGUUGGAGGAGCACAUGCCCGCUGAUUUACUGGGAAAUUGUCGAGCAUCAUUACCCGCAACGGGUUAUGCGGCAGUUUGGCAUGGUUCAACAUAUACCUCCCAAUAUACCAUUAACCGUUGAAGAGCUUGCCAGACUGCAUAAAACGACCCGGAUUGGGAAAACUGGUUGGGACUGGACCAUACGACACGAUGUUUAUCUUUAUGCUUGGUACCAUCGUCAUGACUCGGUUGUCGAGGGAGAAACAAUCACCUCUUAUCCGGUAGCAGACGAUUAUAUGUCUUGGUUCAUGAACCAUACAGUGCUCUAUUUGACAAAUCCAAGGUCUUCGGCAGUUCCAAUGCGUGGUUUCCAAGAUGAUGGGGCUCGUGCCCAAAUGCUGACGGAUGCAAUGGGGGUAAUACAACGGUGUGAUGAUCUAGAGUUGGCCCAAGCUGCCGCUUAUCGAGCUACGGAAAUGUCACGGCAAGAAGGAUACUCACAAUAUCCGAGUCACUUGACAACAGACCCUGUUGACCUAACGCCUAUUCCUCGUCCGCAGAGGUUACGCAGGCGACGGCAACGUCAACAAGGAGGUUCACAUGUUGACGGGGGUGGAGGUUCCAAUUGGUGCAUGAAUAUGGAACAAGGGGGGCCGUCAUGUUUUAACGAAACUCAAAAUGAUGAUCAAUGGGGUAUCCUCGGCAACAAGGGGGCUUCAUUUGUGAACGAAAGUGGUAAUUUGGGUGUGAAUCAAACUUAUAAUGAUGUUGACCACCCAGAUUUUUGGGCUGCUAAUAGAAUAUCCGACCUUAUCGGUGGGGACGUUAAUACUGUGGUUACUGACAACCAAAUAUAUACGUCGAAUGUCCAAAAUAAUCCCCCGAUGUAUACAACCCCCGCAUCACAAAUGUUGACGUUUUUUCCGGAUACGCAGGGUGACUUCAAUUAUUUUCCACCACAUCAAAGUUCGGAAGAUCCUCAUGCAAAUUACUCAAAUGUAGAACCCACUCCCUUGGAAUGGGGACUUGAUUUAGAUUUGAACCUAUUUAAUCAUCCACCCCCACCCAACUAA